UAAUUGGUCACCUCUCGUGACUUCAUCGUGGCUCUGUCACCGCUGUGGCAAGCAAUUAAUAUUUAAUUGUUCGGUCGCUACGAGAAUAAUCGCAGAGGGAUACCACAAAGGUCAAACAAUGGCACGCCAAUCGCUCAAAUUACUUGGUAUAAAGACCAUAGGCUCUGGUCGUCUGGUCGCUUCUACAACAUGACCAGAUCACUUCGUUCCGCGAGCACCGAGUCGUCUUAUCAUCAAAAUUCUUAUGCGUCGUUCAAGGCUGUUGCGAAAGUAGCAGUCCCAAACACAAUCUUAUCCCCAACAACUGCUCACUGUGUCAACUUCUGCAAACAAUCUGAUGCUAACGCCUCGUCGAUGUUGAUGCGAAACAUGUUUCCCCCGACACCACAAUCGUGUCCACCUUACGAACCCAGUAAUUCUCAGAUGCUCUGGCGAUCUGGACUUCUCCGUCGUCGACGUAUAACAGAAAAUCGCGCAUUGGCUACCUGGAUUGGUUUGAUGAUGAUCCAGAGCAAGCUGACUAUGGAGAACCCGGGAAUCGUAUUCGACGAACAUGAAUUGCUCCGUACAUUGAUAUGUCAAUUGACGAAAUCCUUCCAACUAGUGAAUCCACCGACACCGGUGAUUUUCAUCGCUUUGCUAUACCUCUAUCGUAUCUUUCCAGACCGGAUCCCAUAUUCCGGAAAUCCAGAUCAUGAAUGUGCCACCGCCUUGCAAAGAUUAUUUUUAUUAUGCAUACGAUUGGCCUUACAAUGGUUCGAAGACCAGUCCGAGUUCUGGGACUUUCGCGCUCGUCGUUUCCAAUGGCACGUACAUCUAGGUUUGGAGCAGACAGUAUUUCGGAAUGCAGACAUUCAUGUGCUCCAUCUCCUUGGUCAUAACCUUUGCGUUUCAAACAUCGCCUACGCUCGCUGGCUUUCGCAUCUACUCUCAAAUCUGCCAGCAUUCCUUGAUGAUCAUUUAGAGGAACGCCGUACAGUCGGUCAGCUUAUACACGCUAUUCGACCUUCCCUUACCUCCGAAUUCCUCUCUCCCAACGGUCUACCAUGUAAUGGAUUACCUUUUGAUAAAGAUUGGACAACGGCAAUAUCAUGCAUUGAAGAGUGUGCGGAAAGAAAACAGAAUUUGAUGGACUGUAUCACUUAUGGUUUAUACAUUCCUCUCUACAUAAGUCCGACUCAGCCAUCCUAUAGUGAUUCCAAACUCGCCACAGAGCCAACUCCCAAUAUACGUUUGGACAUCGAUUGGAGUCCCACCAUACGCGACACAUCCACAGAGUCCUCACGCACCAAAAUCUUCGUUGGUGUCACAUCGCCGGACAUUGGCCGGCGCCCUACAUACGAUGAUUCGUCAGAGAGUGACCAAAAGGGAAAGAUGUUACACUGCCUAUCAUCAAGUUCUACAUGCGUGCACGCCUGCACUGACCCUCUCAGUCACUCUGGACCGACAAAAUAUCCGUCAUUUUCUAUCAGCUCGAUCCAGUCAACAUUAUAUCACGCUGCUGAACUUCUGCGCGGCUUUCUGAAAUCCUGAAAUCCUGAUCUGCUAAUUUAUCAGCGAGGCUAGUUAUGAUCAACCUUUCGCCGAUACUUGGACACAGGCUGGUUCUCGUGGGUUUCCGCGGAAUCAUGACAUUUCUAUUAGUUGUCAAUCUUAAUGAAUAGACUUGUACCAAAAUGUAGCGCCACCUUUUUAAAUUAUACAGCUUCUU